AUGAAGAUCCAAUCGCUGCUGAACCCGCUAUGCAGCGACCUUUAUGACUAUCGCGACUCAAAUAGUCCUACUCCGACCAACAUUCCCAGGUCUUUCAUGACACACACUUCGACCCCAAAGAGGAAGAAGAUACCGAAGGACGCUGCGGUAUUUACCGAAGGGUCCAAGUUCAAAGGGCCCGUCAACUAUCCUCCUCAUGAGGCAGGAGAUGAUGAAGAACUCGCUACUUACCAUCGCCAGUAUCAGAUUCAUCCCGUAGGAGAGAUAGGUAGGUACUGUCGCCACAUACCUUACAACAGUGAGAAGAAGGACUUCAUGGCCAAGACCGGGAGGGAGAGUUUUGAAGUCUUCCAAUAUACAUUCAAGAAGCCCGGCGACGACAAGGAGUAUCUAGUCCUGUGGGACUACGAGAUCGGACUCGUCCGCAUCACUCCAUUCUUCAAGUGCUGCAAAUAUUCAAAGACGACUCCUGCGAAAGUAUUAAAGCUGAAUCCUGGGUUGCGGGAUAUCAGCCACAGUAUCACUGGAGGCUCUUUGGCGGCUCAAGGGUACUGGAUGCCCUUCGAGGCCGCCAAAGCCGUGGCUGCGACCUUCUGCUACCCCAUCCGCCACGCUCUGACACCUAUCUUCGGGAAAGAGUUCCUCUCCAUGUGUACUCUCCCCAAAGACCCCACGUUCGGGAAGUUCCUCAUCGAUCAAUCGAUAACCAAUCAAUGCACCGCCGAGUGCGAACGCUGGAGACAGGAGAGCGAAGACCGACAAGCCUCCGUUCGCGAUCAGUCUAUGCUUAUGGACGUGCCGCGCUCACGAACCACCUAUCAGCCAUGGACGACUAAGACCUUUAUCCAUCGCCAGGCAAAACCGGCCGACAUCGAAAGCGGCUACGGUACCGACACCGAUCAGAGCGACAAGUACCUGUUCUCACCGCAAGUCUCGCCGACGAGCAGAGGCUGGACGUCGAUCAACCGAUCAAACUCCCCCGGCGAGAUUCGCUCUGUGCCAGCGUUUGGCUCACCGAAGCCAUUGCUGUACUCAGUGCCGAGUGGUGUUGAGGAAGACCAGCCGAGGAACAAGAGAGGGUUAUCAGAGAUUAGCGAUGAGUCUGACGAUAUCGUAGCACAUCCCGUGCAGUCCAUCGAGCAGCCGGUCGACCCAGAACACAACAACCUCGCAGCGAAAGCAACCGAGCGAGAGAUGAACGCGGCCCAGCUUAUGCUUCAGUUAAGCAUGGACGACUCGGCGCUUCGGGGUGACCAUCGCGCCAAACGCAAGCGACGCGCCUCUACCUAGGUCCAUUAUGAUGUUGGAGACGAGGGAGGUUUCGUGAUGCACUUGAAGUUGCAGCGUGCAUGUUGGGCUUCUGAUUCAGAUUGACAGAGACAUGGCAGGAGAGAUGUAGUCUCGGCGGCGUUGUGUUCACAUGCGGCAUGG